AUGUCUUCUCCAAAACUUAGUAUAACGUCAAUCGAACUACUUAAACAUGAUCACGAUUUUCCAUCAAUUGAUAAUAUCUCUCGAGAAACAGUGACGUCGUUAUUAGCAUGUGAACCACCAGUUGUUCAAAGUCCACAAGAAGCAGCUGAAAAACUCUUUUCUCAACCAUUACAUCAUUUACGACCACGAAUAAAUUAUGAAAUUCUUCAACAUGAAAUAACACAAGAAGAAUUAGAUACUGCCGCUAAAUAUGGACGAUUUAUUGAACGUCCAAGUGAUUUAUUUCUUAAGUUAUUUCAUAAUGUUCUUUGUACAUUAAGACGUGAUCCAUUAGCUGGUCGUGUUUCACCAUCUUUAAUAGGUACAACUGGUGUUAUACCAUUAACAAUAAUUUCAACAAUACCUGAUAUAAUGCAACAUUAUUAUCAUUGUAUUAUUCAUGCACAAAAAGAAGUUUUAUUAGCAACAAAUUAUUGGGAAAAAGGUGAAAGUGUAAAUAUUAUAGGUAAAGCAUUAAGAAAUUUAAGUAAACGUGCUGAAAAUGAAAAUCGUUAUGUUAUUGUUAAAUUAAUGAUAGAUCAUCCAACAAAAGAAAAUAUCACACAUUUUCAUAGUAUUGUUCCAUCAAAUAAAUGGUCAAAUUAUGAUAUUCCAUUACCUGAAGAAAUUCCAAAUAUAUCACUUGAAGUAAAUAAUUAUCAUCGAUUAAUAAUGGGAACAUUUCAUUCUAAAUUUAUGAUUGUUGAUCGUCGUAUUGCUUUAUUAAAUAGUAAUAAUAUACAAGAUCGACCUAAUCUUGAAAUGAUGUCACAUUUUGAAGGUGAUAUUGUAAAUUCAUUAUAUGAUACAUUUGUUAUAUCAUGGUGGUUACCAUUUAAACCAAAUCUUGUUUGUUUAAAAGAUGAAGUAUCUAUUGAUGAUGAUAUUCAAUUUGGAAUUAAUAAUUCAAAAAUUUCAUCUAUUAAACAACCAUUACAACAGGCUAUUGCAAGAGCACGUUUACGACUUCAAUGCCAUUUAGAAAGACAAGAAUCCGAUAUUUAUCUUCAUGUACCUUUAGCAUCUGAAGAAGAUGAAAAUUUUAUAUUAUCAUCUGAAGAUAAAAAAGCAAAUCAUAAUAAACUUUCAACAGUUGCUUUAAAAGCACUUGUUAUUCAUCGAAGAUCUCAUUCACCUGUUGUUCUUGUUAAAACAACAAAUGAUUUAACUAGUGCUAUUAUUGGAUAUAAUAUGAAUCCUCGUCCAGAAACACCACUAACUCAUCAUUUAAAUAGAUCAGCAAAAUCUGCUGGUGCAACAAAACCCGAUGAAAAUUUAUCUGAUAUUGAAUUAGAAAAACUAGCUGAUGAUUUUUCUCCAUUUAUUUUUCAUCAAAAACAUAAACCAUUUCCAAUAGCUUUAGUCAAUCGUUUACCAUAUGGUAAACCUGGACAUAUUGAUACAGCUAAUCCACAAGAUGCUGCAUGGAUGGGGGCAUUUCGUUAUGCAAAAAAAACAAUAUUUAUUCAAUCACCUACAUUAAAUGCCACACCAGCUAUUAAUGGAAUAAUAUCUGCAUGUAGACGUGGUAUAAUUGUAAGAUUAUGGCUUGGUUUAGGUUUUAAUGAUUUAACUGAAGGAUUUGGAACAUUUCAAGGUGGAACAAAUGAACAUGUUGUAAAAAAACUUUAUAAAAAAUUAAGAGAUGGAAACGAUGGUGCAGAAAAAUAUCUUGAAGUAUAUUGGUAUACUGGAAAAGAUCAAACACAUCCUCUUCAUUUUUCUUACAAAAGACGAAAUUGUCAUAUUAAAUUUAUGUCUAUUGAUGAUCAAGUUGCUAUUAUGGGUAAUGGUAAUAUGGAUAGUCAAUCUUGGUUUCAUUCUCAAGAAAUUAAUGCUAUGAUUGAUUCACCAUUGGUUAUCAAAGAAUGGAUGGAUGCUUUAUAUAAAAAUCAAUCAACAUAUCAAUAUGGUAGAAUUCAUUUUGAUUAG